AUGGACAACGACACCAACAUGGGCGAGGUCCCCGCCUCCCGUCUUCUGGACCCCCAGAUCUUUGAGCACCUCAAGAACAAGAUCGACGAGGACCAACAGGUCCGUGAUCAGAUGAGUCAGACGGUCCAGAAGCUGGACAGGGCCAUCUCCUACGUCCAGGGCCUGCUGUCCCGCAUCCACGCCACCCCGCGUGAGCAGUACGUGCAGACAGGCAUUCAGAAGGAGAUUGAGGUCAUUGGAGAGCUCCAGGAAAUCGCCUCCAAGCACCCCUACUACAAGUACAAUCAGAAGUGGAAUCGCCAAGUGCAGAACGCCAUCUUCACCGUUCUUCUCUGCGGCUGGCUGGGCGGCCUCACUCCCGAUGGCAAGCCUGGUCCCGUCGCCCGACUCCUGACCCUCGAGGAGGUCGGCGAAAUCUUCAAAGCCGAGGCAACCGCUGUUGUUUGUCUCUCCUGGGAGCCUAGAGCUAACGAUGCGGCAGUCCCUGUCAACCUCAAGGACCGCGACGCCUUCCACCUCACCAUCGAGGAGUACCUUCUCGCCCUGACGGACCUGACGCAGGAGCUCUCACGCCUCGCCACCAACGCCGUGACUCUGAGCGACUUUGCCAUGCCUGUUGAGAUUAGCAGCUUCGUCAAGGACCUCUUUGCCGGUUUCCAGCUGCUCAAUCUGAAGAACGACAUCCUCCGUAAGCGUGUCGAUGCGGUCAAGUACGACGUCAAGCGCGUCGAGGAUGUUGUCUACGACCUGUCCCUCCGCAAUCUGAUCCCGGAGAAACAGAAGGAUGCUGCCGUCGCCGAGUCGACUUCUGCUCCGAAGGCGUAA